AUGAUUGAUAUGGUAUCACGUCGACUGAUUCUCAGUAUACUGAAAGCUGCUGUUCGAAUGCCUUCUGUAGCUCAUGAUUUGUUCUACAGAAUGAAUCUGCAUACAUGGAUAGCUUCUAUCAUCAAGAAUCGAGACUUGAGUGUGUGGGAGCAGUGCUAUUUGGGGCAAAUCUAUUCAAUUCUUAUCGAAAAUGAAAGGAAAAACUGUCGAAGUGCUAAAGGGGAUGCCUCAAGGAAAUCACAUCUAGUCGCAUUAGCAAGUGUUCGUAUGACGGCUCGAGUGGUCCUGUAUGUUAUGGAAGGCAUGAGCGACAAGUCGAUAGCUGUAGAAAAUGUGCAAUCGAUAAAAGCGACGAUUGAAGCGAAAUGGCGACCAAAACGGAAGAAGCAGGAAGCUUUACAAUAG